UUUGCCCAGUGUGAAGCAGACUGUUCCUCAGAAGGCCGCUGUUUAGGGUUUGGAUAUAAUUAUAAUUUACUUCGAUGCUUCAAAUCGGACAUCAAUAACCCGGAAGACAUAAGUUCUUGUGAUCAGUGUUAUUUUUCAACUAAAAAUUGUCUAGGAGAUGUACUAGGUCUGAUUACCACUUCUAAUGUCGAACAGGUUUCAAAAACUGAUACAACUUAUUCUGUCAGGUCUGGAACUAUGCCAAUGUCUACAGUCAGUACUGGAAACUCCGAAACCACAACAUUGUCGACCUUCGAGUCCAGUAAUUCGGAAACUGCAUCAUUAUAUGUAAUAGAUUCAAGUACUCUGUAUUCACCAGAGCACGAAACAUCCAUAUCUGAUUUCGGGAAUGAAACUUGCAAACAGAUAUGCUUUUGUCCUUCAAAUUUUACAAAAAAUCAUUCAAUAGAAAUUUGGAAAGAGGAAAUGAUGGCAAAAUUGAAAGUUAUAAAGGAUGAGUUGUCGGUAAACAAACGGAAGUUGAUAUGUGCAUCUGAUCCCCGCUAUUCGUCACGCGUAGUUGGCUUGGUAGGAAUUGCAGUUCUCUCUAUAAUUGGAGCGAUUAUUGUCAUUCCGGAUCUAAUUAGUGCUGCUUUGCACCAUAAACGAGCGGGUUAAUUUUGCUUAAUUGGACAUAUUAUACUGU